AACAGCUUGAGUCCUCACAUCCAACCCUCAUCAUGCCCAGAAACUCAUCCGCCUCUGUGUUCGGUGGAGCAGGAGGAGGGGGCACCAGGGCAUCCGUGUCGAGCCUGCAGGGGCUGCGUAACGUGAUGCGCAACGAGCCGGAGACGGACUCCGCGCCGGCGCCGACGGCCGCCCCCAAUACUGCAUCCUCGCCUCCCAACCGGGCUGCUUCUGCCGCCCCUGCCGAUGACAAGCAGACUCUGCGGGGUCUCAACGACAGGCUGGGCGGCUUCCUGGGAAAAGUGAAGCAGCUUGAGAGUGAAAACAGAGACUUGGAAGCGCAGAUCGACGACAUUUUGGCAAGGAGAAAAACUCCUGAUGGACGCAAUUGGGAUGACAUCCAGAAACCUCUGGAUGAGCUUAAGGAAAAGAUUAAAGACAUCACCAAGGAUAAUGCUAACUUGCUGCUUCAGAUUGACAACACAAAUCUGGCCAACAACGACUUGAAGAACAAGUUGGAGGAUGAGAAAAAGGCAAGGAAAGCCAUAGAAAAAGACUUGGAGGACCAGAGGAAGACCAUUGAUGAAACCAAGCUGAAGUGCACUCAUCUGAAGAAAGACAUCGAGCUGGUGAAGAAUGAGCUGGAGUCCUUGAAAGAAGACCACAAAGAUGAGGUGAAAGACCUGAGAGAAAAAAUCAAGGACUCUGAAGUGAGGGUUGAGAUCAAGUCUGAGGAGUCGAACCUGGCUGAUGUACUCAACAAAAUCCGUGUCCAGUAUGAUGAACUGGCCAAGAAGAAUCUGAAGGACACAGAUGACUGGUACCAGAGGAAGUUUGAGAACAUUAAGGUGGUGGAGGCUCAAAACACAGAGACCUUGAAGUCUGGAAAGGAAGACCUCAAGGAACUGUUGAAAGAGAAGCAACUUCUUCAAAUUAAGAUCCAGAGUGCUCUUAGCACGAUCCACACCUUGGAGGAGUCUGUGAGUGCCACCAAAGUCGAGUACAGUCACAGGCUGACCCCCCUCUACAAGAUGAUCCGGGACCUGGAGGCAGAGCUGAAGGAGAUGAGAUCCCUGGAGGAGCAUCAGCACGAGGUCAACACCAACCUGCUGUAUGUCAAGAUGAAGCUGGAGGAGGAGAUCAACAACUACCAGCAGCUGAUUCAUGGCAUGACCACUGAUCCUGAGAGCUUGGAGUUUUCUUUAGACGAUGCACUGCACAGCGAGCCUCAAAAGCCUAAUGCAAAGGAGCCAAAACAAGUGAAAGAAGAAGCUGUUGAAAAGCAAGAAGGUGAACCUUCCAACAAAUGUGCUGCCUCAGAAGCUCCUGUAAAGGCUAAACCAGACCCCCUCCCUGAAGGAGACGUCAUUAAUGCAGAAAUGGUUGACGCCACCAGUGCAGCAGCUCUAGCUGCUGAAACCAACCCAACUUAUGCCAAGAAGAAAACACCCAAGACCAAAACUAAGACUACUUCUUCUUCUUCCUCCUCCUCCUCCUCCUCCUCCUCCUCCUCCUCUUCUUCUGAGUCUGAGAAUGAAGAAGAAAAGGUGAAGAAUGCGGCUGAGGUGGCCCAGACAUGAUCUUUUGUUGAUAUUUUCCUUUGGAGUCAUCUUAAACUCUGCUCUGUCAAACCUGUAGUUACAUAGAGCCUGUCACACUGUAUUUUCAUUUGUGACUUCUGAAUAAAUACUUUUGGUCUUGAAAAAAUAAAGCCUGGUAGAACUUCA